AUGGCGAGUGCAACAUCCCGUCCUCUGGAGUACCUGGAGGGACUCCCCGGGACGACUUUCUAUAAGCUAUACCAACAACCAUCCACAGCCCUUGCGAUCUUCCGGCGCAUGCUGCCCGAUCUGGCAAAAUGCUUUGUGAUGGCUCUACUCUAUCUGAAAGACCCUCUCCCAACUGCUGAUCUGGAAGUUUGGGUCAACGCAGAGAGCAAGAAGGAACGAGAUAAUGCGCUUUCAAUAUUGGGUCGACUUCACAUUCUUUCUACGACCCUCACAGGUGAAAACGUCCGUGCGUACAUGGUCACCAACCCGUUCGCUGCUUCGCUUCGACAAGCUCUGAUGGGUGCCGAGGACUCUCAUUCUUUCGGUGUAUUCUCCCAAGCUCCAGAACAAACCCCAACCUCGAUUGCCGAUUUGGAUGAAUAUGCUAGACGACAGUGGGAAGGUGUUAUGGGAUACAUGGUUGGAACGAGUGCCUUGAUGAGUGGACAGCGUGACACGGUCAAUUUGAGCAAGGGUGUCAAACAGCUUCUCCAAGCGGGACACUUGGUUGAGAUCCGAGGUAACCGUGUCGAUAUCACCAAAGACGGGUUCGGAUUUGUGCUUCAGGAUGUGAAUACCCAGGUCUGGCAUAUCUUGAUUCUGUAUGUCGAGAGCGCCGAGGCCAUCGGCAUGGAUAGCGUCGAGGUUCUCUCGUUCCUAUUCCUCCUGAGCAGUCUAGAACUCGGAUCUUCUUACGACAAGAGCCACAUGACACCCAACCAACUUCGCACUCUCGCGGACCUGGCUGAUUUUGGUAUUGUCUACCAGGAAGAUGCCGACGCAACACGCUUUUAUCCCACCCGUCUGGCAACUACACUUACAUCCGACUCGAGCGCUCUGAGCAAUCCUGUCACAGGAUCCCUCACUGGGCCAGUGGGGCCGUCUGGUGGUUCUAGCUCCGGUUUCAUCAUCAUCGAAACUAACUAUCGGCUCUACGCCUACACCUCAUCACCCCUACAAAUAUCUCUCAUCUCCCUUUUCACAAACCUCAAAUACCGCUUCCCCAAUCUGGUCACUGGCAAAAUCACCAGGCAGUCUGUCCGCCGAGCAAUCGAGAUGGGAAUCACGGCCGAUCAAAUUAUCUCUUACCUAUUAUCGCACGCGCACCCACAGCUGCGGAAACACAGCGCUGCUCAAUCCAACGGCAAGGGUGUCCCGGCAUCUGUGCUCCCGCCUACUGUGACAGAUCAGAUCAGAUUAUGGCAGUUGGAGCGGGACCGUCUCCGGGCUACGGCGGGCUUUUUGUUCAAGGAUUUCACCAGCUUGACUGAAUACCAGGCUCCCUGCCAGUAUGCCGCGGAGAUUGGCGUGCUGGUUUGGAAGUCAGAUCGGAAGCGCAUGUUUUUUGUCACAAGACAUGAGCAGGUGGCUGCAUUUUUGCGGAGUCAAAAGGUAGGCGGGAAGUAA